AUGGAUGGGAGCCACUGGUUCACCAUGCAGAUGGUUGUGGAGAAACUCAUCCACAGAGGGCAUGAGGUGGUGGCAGUUGUGCCAGAGGUGAGUUGGCAACUGGGAAAAUCCCUGAAUUUGACAGUGAAGACAUACUCAACUUCUCACACUCUGGAAGAUAUGAACCGUGAGUUCAGGUAUUUUUCUGACACUCAAUGGAAAACUCCAGAACAAAGUAUGUUUUCUUUUCUGACAGGCUCAGCCAAACAUUUCUUUGAAUUAUUAUUUUCACAUUGUAGAGAUUUGUUUAAUGACAAGAAGUUAGUGGAGUUCUUGAAGCAGAGUUCUUUUGAUGCUGUGUUUCUGGAUCCUUUUGAUGUGUGCGGCUUAACUGUGGCCAAGUAUUUGUCGCUCCCUUCGGUGAUCUUCGCAAGAGGUGCAUUUUGUCACUAUCUGGAAGAAGGUGCCCAGUGCCCCAGUCCACUGUCUUAUGUUCCCAGAAUUCUCUUAAAAUUCACAGACACCAUGACUUUCAAGGAGAGAGUGUGGAACCAGCUCUCCUACAUGGAGGAGCGUGUAUUUUGCCCCUAUUUUUUCAAAACUGCUACAGACAUUGCCUCUGAAGUUCUCCAGACCCCAGUGACAAUGGAUGACCUCUUCAGCCAAGUGUCUAUUUGGUUGUUACGCUCAGACUUUGUGUUAGAUUUCCCCAGACCUGUGAUGCCCAACAUGGUGUUCAUUGGUGGAAUCAACUGCCAACAAAGAAAGCUGAUUUCCAAGGUAUGUUAUUUGUUGUUCAUCACAUGAAAAGAGCUCUGGGGCCGGGCAGUGGUGGCGCACGCCU